AUGAGCAGUGUCGUUUCAGAUUCCCGAGUGCCGGGUAAAGUUUGUGACUGGUGCAGGACACAGAAAGUCAAAUGUCAGCCGAUGGAUCCUGCCGACGAGGCGACAGCACGUCAAUCCGAUCUCGGAGGAGCCUGCCAGCGAUGCUAUCGGCGAAAGCAGCAAUGUACAUUCACAUACACUAUGAAAAGACCCGGGCGACCGUCCACAAUACAUGCCCGUGCACACGAUAGUCGGUCAGCCUCACCUUCACCAGUCCGAGGGGAUCCUGCCCUGCGGCCGCCCCAAAUUUCACCCACAGUGGUCAGCAAUGAUCAACAGCAUUUCCCUCAUGUCGUACAAGCAGCUGUAGCACCCGACGAAGCCGGCGCAGCCGAUUACACCGCUGUCAUCAGCAACGUAUUACCCAGUGACACAGUGCGACCUAGUGAUCUCGUCGAUGCUCUUUUGCGCCAAUCCACACCGCAAUUCAACUUUCCGCCGGACCACCUUGCGACUGCGACGUUACCCUUGAACAUCGCCGAUUGGGCUUCCGCUGCUUCCCUAAGGCUUCCCGACGAGCCUGCUCCAGGUAAUGACCCUGGACCGUCCAACCAAUACUGCUAUGGCACACCGGCAUCGUCUUCGCAACUGAUGAACGCCGCCCCGAGCGAGCCAGAUCAUCAACAUAUCCUCGCCUCGGUGUCAGAACCGGGAGGUUUCAUGCCUAUCGAUGUUGUCGCGCCAUGGUCUGAUCCAGCAUCGGUGAGUUUUUGUAAACCUGGACGCUGCUUGACAAUGUCUCGAUCUUUUGACGCUAAACGAAGCAAUGCUUUCCUAGUGGCCUAUGUGAUCUCCCAGAGCCCGAUGGGUAUAAUGGGAGGUCGUCAUCCCCGAGAACGACUAAAACGAAUUCUGUUCAGAGCCCAUCGGUUCAGCCGUGCGUGUCAACUGCGUAACAGUCAUCAGCCCACCCUAGCCAUGCUUGCUUCAGUGAUAUUAGACUUGAUCUCGACGCAGGCAACAGACGACUCGGUGUCCACAGACAUGCUCGCAGCAGAAGCUCGCCGAUUGGUGUACACUCUACGCAUCAACCGGAGCGAGCCUCGAGAGGGUAUGAACCUGAUCGAACGGGAAAUCAGUCACCGAAUGUUCUGGGAGGUAGUUGCGAUUGAGAAGUGGGUCGAACAGGCCUUGGAGGAAACGAGGUCGCUCAUGGUCGAUGUGCCCGUCACGGAGUCGUCACCAUCGGCCGAUUUUCCUUCCGGUACCGCUGAUCAAAGCUCUUGGUGGGGCAUCCAAUGUGCCAACAUACACAUCACUGCGCUGUGUACUCGAUUCGCGUGUAUCGAUUUUCGGUCGGCUCUAAUGCCCAGCUUCGAUACCCCCUCGCAGAGGGAACUCAUCGCCAAAGAAGCUUACAGAAUGCUCAUCCCCAUCGACUGCCUGGCUUCUAACGGACAGAGUCUGCGCGGGAAGAUACUCCGGGUCGUGCUCUCGCUGCUGUCGAUGAGCUCUGAAUCAAGCGACAUGGGUGCACACGUGUGGGACUGGUGGAAUUUGUAUCACAACGUGCAAUUUGUGCAGGCCAUGCCGGAGGUCACGCAGUGA